GUUAUCUAUCACGAGUCAAUACAAGACAAAAGCAGAAGCCAACAAAACACACUCUGAUCUUAAGCUUGUUGCUAUUAUUAGAGUUGAUGUUGAUAGCAGGAAGCACAGGAAGAAGAUUGAUGACCAUAAAACACUAAAGCUAGUACUAAAGAAACACCAAUCCAUCAUCAUUCAUCACAAAGAAGGAAGCCAUGUCUAGCACUACAGCUGGUCAAGUCAUCAAGUGCAGAGCUGCGGUUGCAUGGGAAGAAGGGAAGCCACUGGCCAUAGAAGAAGUAGAGGUAGCACCACCAGAGGCUGGUGAAGUUCGCUUGAAGAUCCUCUACACUAGUCUUUGUCAUUCUGAUCUUUACUUCUGGAACAGCAAGGGGGGUAGGAAUUUGUUGUUUCCUCGCAUACUCGGUCAUGAAGCUGCAGGGAUUGUGGAGAGCAUAGGGGAGGGUGUGACAAAUCUGAAGCCAGGAGAUCAUGUGCUACCUGUGUUCACCGGAGAGUGUGGCGAAUGCCGAAGCUGCAAGUCUGAAGAGAGCAACCUCUGUGAAGUCCUCAGGCUCAACACUGAUACUGGUGUCAUGCUAAGUGAUGGAAAAUCAAGAUUCUCCAAAGAUGGAAAACCCAUUUACCACUUCCUUGGAACUUCCACAUUCAGUGAAUACACUGUCUCACAUGCUAAGUGUGUUAUAAAGAUCAACCCUGCUGCCCCACUUGACAAAGUUUGUGUUCUCAGUUGUGGAAUCUGCACAGGACUUGGUGCAACCUUAAAUGUGGCAAAACCAAAGCCCGGUUCUACUGUUGCUGUCUUUGGAUUGGGAGCAGUUGGUCUUGCUGCUGCUGAAGGGGCAAGGCUUGCUGGUGCAUCAAGAAUCAUUGGAGUUGAUAUACUUUCCAGCAGACAGGAACAGGCCAAAAGUUUUGGAAUCACUGACUUUGUGAACCCAAAAGAUCAUGACAAACCUGUGCAACAGGUAAUUGUUGAAAUGACCGAUGGAGGAGUUGAUCGCGCUCUAGAAUGCACUGGACACGUAGAAGCCGCGAUUGCAGCAUUUGAAUCUGUUCAUGAUGGUUGGGGUGUUGCUGUGCUUGUUGGGCUGCCAAGCAGUGAAGAUGAAUUCAAAACAAAAUCCAUCAACUUAUUGUAUGAGAGGACUGUUAAGGGUACCUUCUAUGGAAACUACAAACCACUCUCUGAUAUUCCCUCUGUUGUGGAGAAGUACAUGAACAAAGAGCUAGAAUUGGAGAAAUUCAUCACUCACUCAAUCCCAUUCUCUGAGAUCAAUAAAUCAUUUGAUUUAAUGCUGAAAGGAGAGUCAAUUAGGUGCCUCAUCUGCAUGGAAGGCUGAAACAAAUUAUAUAAUUAAGUGAUUCUGAGAGUGAGAGGGGUCCCUUAAUAUAUUUAAGCAGCAAUAAAAUUGUUAAAAAAUAAGCAGUUGUAGCUUUUGUAUUAUAUUUAAGCAGCAUUAUUUAUGACCAUGAGUGUUGACUGUUGAGCAUAUCUAUUGUCCAUGUCUUUGGUAGAUUUUUUGCUCAUUAGAUUAAUUAUAAAACUAUUCACCUUUUAUUAGUUUA